GCGGAAAGUUUAUAGAAAGGCGAACGCUAUGUCAAACGAUCGGGAGAACUCGAACCUGUUACUCAUUAAUGAACAAAGUUCCGAGAGUGAUAGAGUUAGUAGAAAAGGAGGUGCAAACACUGUACAAGAUCAUCCUUUAGCUGCGGAUCUAGGGUUAGAUGUUGUUGGUAUUAGCAGGCAUGAUUCGGCUAACUUGAAUCGACCCGAGAGUCAACUUCAUGCCCAAAACACUGACUCUACUAUUCUUGAUCUGCUAAUGCGAACCAAUCAAACAAACGAUAACGGCAAUACUCUUCUUAGUACGUACAACUAUAGAGCUCGUAUGGAACCUGGGAUGUGCGAAGGUCUGCCAUCUUCGGAGAUGAUCAGUGAGUCAGAUAUCAAGUCGAACACCCAGCUUUCAAAGCCGAUACCAUUAACGUCACAUAUGACCACAUUCAUGCUACCGAACAGUCGACAAUAUAUUCAAGAUAAUAUAUCGCAUAAUUCACAAAGACAAAAUGAGUUGUCUGUACAAGCACCGCGGGAUUUGGUCGAGAAUAUAACUAGUAUUCAGUCCAACCCGGUAGAGAGAAGUCGUCUACCGCCCAAUUAUGGCUCGCCAUCACUACCUGCUUUGGAGCUGCCGUCGAUCAGUGUUGUUAGCACAGAUGUGGGUACACUCUCAUCUCAUAAGUCUCGUUUGUCGGCACAAUGGCGAGAUAAUCAAACAACUACCCAAUAUCCAGACGUGUUAAGACGUCAACCGAACCAACAACAAGAGGGACAGAUACCGCGACAACGACAGUAUCUUGGUACUAAUACAAUACACGAUGCAAUGCCCCUGAUAAAUAGUACUAGUGAAAACUAUUUUCGCCCCUCAGCAAGACUGGAACACACCCCUCGCUCACACACCGCACAUUUUUCCUUCGAUGGCGAAUCUUUUGCAGCGGAGGAAUCAACUGUAGUACGUGAUAUGAUAGCACCCCUUCAGUCGCGUCCAUGGCUCAAUACUACACAGAUGCAACGGCAUACGUCGGCUCCGUAUGUUUAUAGACGAAAUCGAGGAUUAUCUGCACCGUAUACAUAUGGAGUCAAGUCCAGAUAUGAACGUAGGAGAGGCUCGUCACCGAAUAUACACCGACUUAUUUCAGGAUCUGAUGAGACCCUUACCAGGGCAAAUCUUCAAAGUUUAGAAAGUAAAGACUCUCCAUCGAUUUUAUUUACGGAAUCGGGGUUGCGAACGCAGCAGGAAGAAGAGCAAACUCGCGCAAUGCACAUGCAGGAUGGUAUGGCCAUGUUGCAACAUAUUCUAUCGUUGAACGACACCCGAGCCACGACUGGAGAAGCUAAUGUGAAACAGAUUGAUGGUUGUAUUAAUAUGCAAUUGGAUUCGCCUAGAGCACUCAUGCCCGUAAAUAUGCCGUCCACGAGCAGAAGUUCGAGGUUGAUUAGCACAGUAAGUGCUCCUAAUUUAGGACAAACUCAUAGAACGGAGGGCACGAGUAUCAAGCAAAUCAGAUGGCGCAGUGAAAUACACAAGGGAGUCAUGCACAUCAAGUUCGCCACUAGCUCCCUAUUGGGAUACCCCAGAGAUGGUACAACGUUGGUCAUGAUAGAAAUGGAUACUGGGCAAUCACAGAAGGCUUACUUCCCAAACAAUGCCGAGGGAGAGCGUGUUUGGCUGCUGUUUGCGGAAGCCUUCACACGUGGAUUGCUUCUGAAAACCGCACAGUGCGUCAAUGUCAAAAAUACGAAUUUCAAAACGAAGCUGGAGUGUGCUGUCGAGUUGAAGGAAAGACGUACUGGCGGUAUAAGUAAUGGAGCUUACCCUGAUGCUGAAUAUCUCACGAGGGUGAAAGUUGAGCUCGACACCCUACUUAGGCCAAAACAAUAGCCGAAUACAAGGCUCUUCUGGUAACUGGUGGACAUUGAACAUCAACUACUGCAACAAGAUAACGAUAAUUCAGAGCGACACACUCUCAGCACCUAAACUCAGCGUGGAUUUCGAAUUUCUGCAACCAAAUGCUGAUAUGUGGCAUCGAUUCAAUCUGACUGAGGUUCGCAUACGGCGUGUGAAGUUAUCUACUAGCGAUGAGACUAUGCCUUGCUAAUGCAAAUACGAUUUAGUUAUAAUUUGAUUUUCUAAAAGUCAGUUUCAGCCACCGGUGCCCCGAGUUUAUGUACGAAUUACUCAAAAACGAAC